AUGGCCAGCAGAAACUACACCAGAGUCACUGAGUUCAUUUUUGUGGGCUUGAAGUAUCAUCCAAAGCUUCAGGUCAUCAUCUUCCUUCUUAUUCUAUUUUUUUAUCUCAUUAACAUGACAGGCAAUCUGGGAAUGAUCAUCCUCAUCCGGGUUGAAGCCCGCCUUCACACCCCCAUGUAUUUUUUCCUCAGCCACCUGUCUUUUGUAGACAUAAGCUUCUCAUCCAUAGUGGCUCCCAAAAUGCUUAGAGACAUCUUUGAGGAGAGAAAGACCAUUUCUUUCCUAGGUUGUGCCUUACAGCAAUGGUUCUUUGGGUUUUUUGUGGCCAUUGAAUGCUUCUUCUUAGCAUCUAUGGCCUAUGACCACUAUGUUGCGAUCUGUAACCCACUGCUUUACUCCACUGCAAUGUCCCAGAAACACUGCAACCAGCUGGUGGCUAUCCCCUAUGCUGUUGGGUUCAUGGAUGCCAUGAUUCACACUCCUGCUGCUUUCUGUCUCCCCUUCUGUGGCCCAAAUGUCAUCAAUCACUUCUUCUGUGACAUUUUCCCCCUCCUCUCCCUCAUAUGUGCUGAUACCAGCAUCAAUAAGUUAUUAGUUUUUGUUAUCGCUGGGAUUGUUGGUGUCUUCAGCGGCCUAAUCAUCCUUGUCUCCUAUAUCUACAUCCUCACAGCCAUCCUGAGGAUCCACUCUGCAGAAGGGAGACAGAAAGCCUUCUCUACCUGCUCUUCUCAUCUCACUGCUGUCACCAUCUUAUGUGGGACCCUCUUCUUCGUCUAUGUGAGGCCUAACUCAAAUUUCUCCAUGGAUACCAAUAAACUUGUCUCUAUGUUUUAUACUUCAGUGAUCCCGAUGUUGAACCCCCUUAUCUAUAGCCUAAGGAACAAAGAGGUCAAAGAUGCUAUCCGUAGAAUCAUUACUAAAAGGAAGUUUUGUAUCAGGAUAUGA